CUGAAUCAUAUUUUUCAUUUUGGUUCUGUUAACCUAUCUACACAGGCAAACAUUUAUAUUAAAUAUUUUAUUUUAAAAUGUUUAAAACAUUUUUAUGUAAUUUUAGUAAUAAUAUAUCGCGAAGCUUCCACACCUCACAAUGUUUAAAUGAAGUAAGAUUACUGUCAAGGUUAAGGGUAGUGGAUAACUCGGAUAUCGGAAAACGAGCAAUGGCUGAGGGUAAACCUCCUAAAAUUAUUUGUGUCUAUAAUAAACGGCGUGUUGGUUUAAUUGGAGAUAGAGUACUAGUAGCUAUUAAGGGACAAAAGAAAAAAGGUAUUCUUGUGGGACUGAAACAAACACAGAAGUCUAAAGUUCCAAAAUUUGACAGCAACAAUGUUGUUUUAAUUGAUGAUAAUGGAACUCCCCUAGGCACUCGCAUUCAUGUUCCUAUCCCAACAAUAUUGCGGACAAUUCUAAAGGAAAGAACACAUUCCAAAGGAGCAGACUACACCAAACUUCUAGGAAUAGCCACACGUUUUGUAUAGUGUAAAUGUUAAUUUAUUAGGAUUAAUAUACAAGUUAGAGCUUUU